GGAUCAGAUCGGAGAAUGAUGAUUUGUUCAUUUAUUUAUUUAAUUAAACAUUAUCAAUUCUCGACCACCACGAGACAAACAGGGUUUAAUUAAAGUUAACAGCAGUUAAGGGGAGUGCGAUUCAUUCAUAUUUUGAGUGAUUUACACAAGUAUUACGCAAUUUGUAGCAAGAGAAGAGUGCGUGAGUUACAGACAACAGUUUUUUAUAAUACAUUGUCACCUGUCGUGUCGGAAUUCGCAACUCAACCAAAAAUGGAAGCACUAUCUCACCUGAUAAAAGAAACACUUCCUAAUUACUUGAGAUCCUUGCCGGUGCCAAGCUCAUUCACAGGGAUAUUUAAACUAUCACCGUCCGAAUGGAUUCAGAUGACCCCCAUUAUUACUCUACUAGCUCUUCCGACCUACUACCUCGCGAGGGCUUAUCGGUCCAACGAGGAACUUCGGCCCAGUACAAAAGUUAAUCUCAACGUUAACAAGCAAUCUUCCAAAAUCGUGGAUACCGCAGAUAUUGAAGAUAUUCAGAAAUGCGACGGAAAGAAAGCUGUCUACUGUCGAUGCUGGCGUUCGAAAAAGUUUCCAAUGUGCGACGGAAGCCAUAAUCAACACAACGAAGUCACUGGAGACAAUGUUGGACCGUUAAUUGUAAAAGCCUAAACUUGCAUGCCAUGCAAAUUCGCGUAGUACAUUAUACUAAAAAAUCUUGCCUAGUGCUACAGCAAAAGUGUAAAGAAAGUGAUGCAAACUUUAGUUAACUAUUAAUUACUACGUAGUGUUCUACACACAAAUUAUAAAUUAAUUAGCAAUUACUUACAUUGAAAAAAUGUUAACUCUUUAAUAAUUCAGUUUUAAUUUCAUAGAAUUCCCGGUGUUUAAUAAUUCAUACCAAAAAAGAAACUGCUCAAUAAUUUAACUUUCCCCAGCCCAACUUUCACUUUAAAAUUAUUUCCAAAUUAUUUAGAGAACCCGUAAAAAUUCAUGAAAAAAACGAGAGCUUACUAUAACUGUACGUAUUACAUAAUAUUAAACUUCGCCACAAAAUAUAUAUGAAAUGAAAUCUUGCCAAAA